AAUAAGGAAAUGACGUCGUUGGAGAAACAUUCGGCAGCGGUCUCUGGCCAGAUAUACGUUAAGCGGUUAAAAAAGGUACAGUGCUUCGCAGCUGGUCGGUGUCAUGAUUGGGAGGCUGUAGGGACUGGGAAGGAACAGUAGCUAACCAACUCUGUGAGACAGGAUGGUGGACACGGUGGAGGACAAGACUACCUUCUACUCCAAAGCGGAGCGCUACUGGCAGGAAGUCCCGCCCACGGUGGACGGAAUGCUGGGGGGCUACGGCAGCAUCUCCAGCGUCGACAUCAACGGGUCCAGGAAGUUCCUGCAGAAGUUCCUGGGGGAGGGCAAGGGGAAGACGGGCACGGGGUGCGCCCUGGACUGCGGGGCGGGGAUCGGACGCAUCACCAAGCGCCUGCUGCUGCCGCUCUUCCGCACCGUGGACCUGGUGGACGUCACCCAGGAGUUCCUGGACAAGGCCAAGUCCUACCUGGGCGAGGAGGCCCAGCGGGUGGAGAACUACUUCUGCUGCGGCCUGCAGGACUUCAAGCCCGAGCCCGGCCGCUAUGACGUCAUCUGGAUCCAGUGGGUCAUCGGUCACCUGACGGACGAUCACCUGGUGGAGUUCCUGCGGCGUUGCCGCGGCGGCCUGCGGCAGGACGGGCUGAUCGUGGUGAAGGACAACGUGGCGUACGAGGGCGUGAUCCUGGACGAGGUGGACAGCAGCGUGUGCCGCGACCUGCCGCUGGUGCGGACGCUGGCCCAGCGGGCGGGCCUGCAGAUCGUCUGCGAGGAGCGCCAGGAGAAUUUUCCGGAAGAAAUCUACCAGGUCCACACCCUGGCCCUCAGAUAGGAUGGACGGACGGACAAACUUUUUCACAGCACUGUCUGAGAGCCCUACCACCUCUGUGUGUGUGUGUGUGUGUGUGUGUGUAUGUGUGUGUGUGUGUGU